GAACUGUUGGCCUUGCUUGGCCGGUGUGUCUUUCUCCCUUAUAGGUUAUGUUGUUUUUGAUGGCUCUGCUAUUUUUUUUAAUUAUGUUAAGGAGUAAUAAUAAAUUAAUUAAAUAAACUACCUUAUGUAAAUAAUUGUUCACUUCCGAGAUCCGUAAAUUGUAGGUUUAAUAUUAGUAAGAGCCACCUCAAAUAAAGCAUUGUUAACCAUGCCUAAAACAGGAGCCACUAGACAUCAAAAAUUCUUAAAAUCCGAGAAAAGCAAAACAAAACUAAAAGCUAAAAAGGAUUUACCGAAAGGCACAAAUGUAACAAAAACAAAUUUCAAGAUUAAAAAGAUUGUUAUUAAGGAACAAUUGAAAAAGCAUGGCGUAUCUGAAGCACUGUCCGCUAGAAAGCUUAAUAUAAAAGAACUCUUAUCUCGCUUAAAUCAUUUCAACACUAAUUCUCGUACAGAUGCCUUGGAUGGACUAAAAGAGCUUGUAACUAUACACCCUGAAGUAUUGGACCAAAACCUUGGACAACUUGUUCUAGGAGUAUCUCCAUUGGUUCUGAAUAUAGAAAAAGUGAUAAGACAUGAAUCCUUCAAGGUUCUUCAUUCAAUAUUGAUGAAGACAAAUAUAGAAAAAAUUGAGCCUUUCUUUGACAUCAUGUCAACAUACCUCAGAAGUGCUAUGACCCAUAUAGAUAACAGGAUACAGGAAGAUUCAUUGUUGUUCCUUGAUUUACUUGUUCAAUAUACACCACAAAAGGUGGCAGAAGACUUCCAUAAAAUUGUGCCCAAUUUCCUAGAUAUGAUAUCAAAGUUAAGAGUUGAUUCUAAGCCUGGAAGAACAUUGACAGUUAACCUUGGUAGCAAGAUCACAAGUGUUAAAUGGAGAGUUAAAGUCCUACAUCGCUUAAAAGACUAUCUUAAAAUAUUUAUAAAUCAUAACACCACUGGUAAAAAGGAUAAGUCGCAAAUUGAAAUAACAAAAACAUAUGAUAGCAAUACACAAAACAACUUUUCACUAUUUAACCCUAACUACAUUUCUGUUUGCUGCAUUUCAUGCUUUUCUGCAAAACAUUCAGAAAAUGUGCUUGUUGUGGACGAAGUUGAGAAAUUCAAAGAAUAUAUAGAUACAUUAGUACCGCUGCUCUUUGAAACUUGGCUGGAGGUUUGCCCAAAAGCUAAUUCUGAGAAAAACAUUGAGACAAUAAUCAAUGAAGAUGCUGCUUCUUUAUUAAAACAUGUUUUGAAUGUGUUUUCAUUGAUUUGGGAUCUUGUACAGUACCAAAACAAAAAGAAUCCUAGCUCUAAAUUUCAAUUUUAUUUUAUUCAAAAAUACAAGCACCAAUUUAACCAAAAUUUUAUGGAGGCGUUUCCAUAUGUUACUAAUAUAAGAUCUAAACAAAAGAAAGCUAAUAAUGAUCUACCCUUUGAAGAUGAAAUAUCUGACCCAAAGCUAGUGGCUCAAAAUUUAGAAAUUUGUUAUUUAUUUGUGGUUUUGAAUCCAAGUAUUCAUGUGAAAAAUCAAAAAAAUGAUAUCUUGUCAACUUUAAAUUACAUUGAGAAGACUUUCAGCCACAAUACCAACGAUUUGAUACAUAAUUAUGUAGUUAUGAUUUUGGAAACCAUAUUUACCUGUGAUGGCUGGGCUAAAAACUUUUCUAUUUUAGGUGUUCUUUUCGAGAAAUUAAUAGCAACUUAUUUCAGUCAAAAUGUAUCCCAUAAUUUCAAACAGAACAUUUUCACACUGUUGUGUAAGAUAGCUCUAAAUGAAAAAUUGACCCAUUUUCAUUCUUGUGAUUCUUAUGAAACAUGGCUCAAGAAUUUGCCUGCUAUUUUAUUGGAAGAAUCUAUUUCAAUUCAGACAAUUAAUAUAAUUCACUUGUUUUCAAUACGUAAUAACAAAAUAUUUAAUGCAGUUGUUAAGUCAAAGUUGGUUCAAAUUAUUGAAAAUCUACCUUUAAUUAAGGUUUCUGAUUACACAAAUGAUACAAGUAGCUAUCAUAAACUUUUUUCCAUACUUUAUUGGAUUAAAUGUUGGGAUGAUGAAUCACUUACUUUAUUGGAAAAACAAUUACUAGAUAACAAGUACAAAAGUGAUUACGGCAAGUAUAUCUUUGAUACAUUAAGGUUAAGAACUGGAGGUAUUUUGUAAAAGUUAUUGUAAAUAAAAACAUGUCAUAAUUUAAA